AUGCUCGCGUACGACUUCCAGACUUCAGACGCUUCUGCGACGCUUAUCGCCCUCGGCGCCGCGCUCGUUUCGGCGCUCGGCGGCGUCUGGUUCUGCCUCCGCACGUCGCUCGUGCACGGCUUGUUCCUCCACGGCCUCGGGCUCUGCGGCCUCUCGCUCACGUCUCUCUACGUGGCCGUCGUCCCCGAGAUGGCGGUGCGCUGGUCCAUGGCGCCGCUCGCUGUCUCGUCCGAGCUUCUCGAGUACAAGCUCGCGAUUGUCAGUGGCAUCGCAUGCGUCGCACUCCUCAUUUUGCACGCGCUCCUCGUCUUGCUCGUGCGUCCGUAAAGCAACUAGACUAGAAGCGUCCGUAGAGCUGCCAAUUUUGAGACCACUUGAAUAUUGCCGAAGCGUCCCUCUGUG